AUGGACCGAGCAGAGCAGAGUAACUGGCGCAAUAAUGUCGAUGAUGGACUAUUUGCCCUCAACACCACCACGACGUCCUCUUCCUCCAUCACGGCCCCUCCACCACAGCCUCACCAUUUGCCUCUGCCGCGUCCGUCAUCUCUCGCCGCAACGACGACGCCCGUUAGGCCGCCUUCGGACCCACCCCUACCAUCGACCGAGAUUAAAGAUCGUGCGGUCCCCCGAGCCCACCGCGUUCGCCGCUGUUCCUUUGAGUCGUACCAUCCCACCGCAUCAGCCGACGCUGACGCCGCCGAAAAUUCCUCCCAAGCCCAAUUUUCCUGCCGCCGGAACAGUUCUUGGAUCUCUCCGUCGAUCCUACGGCCGCCGUCGGUGCGACUUGCCAACCCUAUCAAUUACGUGCCGCGCAUCACCCCAGUCACGGUCUCCCGGUUCCCGCAGCCAUCGGAAGAGAAUCUUCCGCUCGAGGCGCAUCGGGACGCCUAUCCGCUCCUGACCAUCCCCGAACAACGGCGGAGUCGACUCAACCAGUCCCCCAAUAGUCUGCUGGUCGAGCGCAGUCAAGGAGAAACUGAGAGUGGACGUUCCAGCAUCGCAGUGCCUCGAGGCCAGAGGCGCAGUGGCGCAGUUGAGGAAUACUUGAGCUUGCAAGAAAUGUCCGAUCUGGGAGUGUCGAAUGUCGCCCAGGAUGCACCCAAGCCGCGCACCCCGGAGCGGGCGCAUCUAGGUAUGGACUAUGUGCCCGACGGCCCCGGACCUCUCCCGGAUGAUCGACCCCGUUAUGCUCGGUCGCAAGUCUCGCUGCGAUCUCAGAUUGCCUCGGUACCCUCGAAUACGGGGCUGCACGCCGGUGGAGAGCCCGACACGGCGGAAGAACUGGCCUGGGGGCCUGCCCACCCGUGUUUUCCUCACUUCAACCCACACGUGCCGAUCAACUCGGAAGACUUUCUGACGACGCGCAUCAUUCGGAUUCGACGAGAUUGGAUGGUGAAGGGGGAUCUUGCUCCCACGUUCUCCAAUCUCUACCCCGAAAUCCUUGACCCACUACUCCCGGAGCAGGAGUUUCGCAGGGUCAUUGCGACAGUGAAUGAUGAACUCAUUAAGGCUUUCGAUCCUUUCAGCUUUCGCAACAUCAUCGAUAGCGUUCUGGGCUUGCUCACUGGUUGGAUAUGGGAGGACCUGGGUGCACCCGCUAUCAAAAAUCACCUGAAGCGCGUGGAAUCGUGGUUGGACAACUGGAACAGGGAGGUCGGGGCAAAGGAUGGCGUGCACAUCUGGAGUCUACGACGGACAGCCUACCUUUCGCUGGAUAUUCAAAUUCCGGAUCCAAAGGUCGGUAUUGUGCCCAGCGAAAGUGGCUUCUCUCUGCCCGGAACUCGUCCUAGUAGUGGGGUCUAG